GUAUUCGCUAAGGCACCACGCGUCGUAACUACUCCGUGCCUAAAAAACGCGAACAAAACUGUUGUAUAUUCUCAGUGACAAAACUAAAGGUGUGUGAAUGUUAAUUAAAUAGAUUUGUAACGAUAUAUUUGGAUACCUUCUUCAAUCGUCAACGUUAAAAAUGCUGUAAAUGAAACUGUAACACCACAACAAUGGAAGUGACCCCACCACGGGUUCUUGGGCGCGCCCACCUGUCCCACCUGCCCCAGAGACCGCCAGUCAACCUCAGUUUCCAAGAUCUCACUUAUACUGUCCAUAAUGGAAAAAGUUCUAAACUAAUCCUUCGGGGAAUAACGGGAGAGUUCCGCUCGGGGCAGCUGACCGCGAUCCUGGGCCCUUCAGGGGCGGGGAAGAGCACUCUACUCAACAUAUUAGCGGGGUAUAGGGUCACAGGCGCCGGAGGGCACAUUCUGACCAAUGGCGAGCCUCGGAACCUGAAGCAGUUCAGGAAGAUGUCCAGGUACAUCAUGCAGGAGGACCUCCUCCAGCCCUUCAUCACGGUCCAGGAGGCCAUGAUGAUAGCCGCCGACCUUAAGCUGGGAGCUGCCAUGUCUCAGCAGAAGAAACUUGUCGUGGUAGACGAGAUAAUCCAGUUGUUAAGGCUGACUAAGGCAAUAAACACGACUACAGAGAGGCUCUCGGGAGGCGAGAGGAAGCGGUUGUCCAUAGCCUUGGAGCUGCUGAACAACCCGCCUGUCAUAUUUCUAGAUGAACCUACAACCGGCCUAGACGAUGUGGCGUCAUCAACCUGCGUCUCGCUUCUCAAGCGGGUGGCCCGUGGGGGGAGAACGGUCGUGUGUUCAUUACACACGCCCUCAGCGCGUCUGUUCGCAGAGUUCGACCACGUGUAUGUGGUGGCUGAUGGGCGGUGCGCCUACCAGGGCACAGCGGCCGGCGUCGUACCAUUCUUGGCCGAGUUACAGCUACCCUGCCCGAGGACGUAUAAUCCUGCUGAUUUUAUAAUAGAAGUCUCGAGCGGCGAGUACGGCCCUCACGCUGACAGAAUGGUGGCGGCCGUAGAGAACGGCAGAUGUCAAAAGUGGAGAAACUUCGCAGUUCCCGAAGUGAACUCUCAGGAGCUGGAGCUGGAGCAGCUGAACGCCGGGGGGGUGGAGUCGCACAGCUUCAAACACGGCAGCACGGCCUGCUUCCAGUUUUCCGUGCUGCUUAGAAGAAUGCUCCUUCAGAAUAUUAGAAAUAAGGAUUACUUAUGGUUAAGAGUGGGUCUACAUUUGUUCCUGGGCUUUAUAGUGGCUCUCAUGUUCAAUAAGAUGGGCUAUGAUGCGUCUAAGACUAUAUUCAAUUUCGGCUUCUGCUAUGCUUGUAUCAUAGCCAUGUUGUAUAUCCCCAUGAUGCCGGUGUUAUUGGCUUUUCCCAAAGAGGUGCAACUGGUGAAAAGAGAAUACUUCAACCGGUGGUACGGUCUGAAAGCCUACUACGCGGCUCUGGUGGUCUCCCGGACCCCAGCCACCAUAUUCUUCAGCCUCAUCUACCUGGGCAUCACGUACCCCAUCACCUCGCAGCCCAUGGAGAUCUCCAGGGUGCUGAUGUUCACCAGCAUCUGCAUUCUUGUCGCCCUCAUAUCCGAAUCCAUGGGCACUGUCAUAUCGUCCACGUUGAGUGUAGUUAAUUCAGUAUUUCUCGGUCCAGCCAUGAGCGUGCCCCUCAUGUUGUUGGCCGUCUACGGGAUCGGUUACGGCGACCUGCCGGUUCCCCUCAUCUGGAAGCUGGCCAGGUCCUGUUCCUUCCUGAGGUACGGCAUCGAGGGUCUGGUCGUCGCCAUCUACGGCCCCCCGAGGGAAGACUUGAUAUGCCCAGACCAUGUGGACUAUUGCGAGUAUAAAAAUGUUGCAGGCUUCGUGAAGCUCAUGGGAAUGUCUGGGAUAUCUUUCUGGACAGACUUCGGAAUCCUAGUAUUGAUACUGUUUACCAUGAACCUGACCGGAUACUACCUGUUACGGCAGAGGCUGUCUCCGAACUAUGCCUUUAGGGCUAUUAAAGUUAUAGGCACCUUUGUUAAGAAUAAAAUGAGCGUUUCUCCCCAUUAGAUAAUUUAGUUUUUAGAUCCGAGUGAACUUUCCGAAAUGACAUAAUCUAAAAAAAACCAAGCUUCAGUAAAUUCUUUUUUCAAAAAAUUUAUAUAAGUUAAAAAGGUUACAAAUAUAUUUUUUUAAAUAAACACAGCAUUAGAUAAUUUAAGAGUAAAUUGAAUUAUAAUUGAUAUUUAAUUAUGGUAAGAGUUGUCCAAAUUUCCCCAAAAAUUAUUAAGAAUUACAAAUGUAGACAAUUUACAAGUAACUCUUUUUAUAAGACUUUAUAUUAAAUAAAAACGUACUUAUAUUUAUUAUGUGGGUCGAACCUGUAAGUACUUUUACAAUGUAAAUCUAGCGUACAUUAUAUUCUUUUAUAAAUGAGUCCCACGUGGAUUUGAAUAAUAGUAUAAUUUAUAUUAUCGAGUACCUUAUUAUUUUAAGUCUGAAACAUCACAAAUAAAUUAGGACAAGAAAGAUUUAAAAAGGACUGAAAUAUCUAUGCAAGUUUAUUUGCAAAUUAAGUAUAUAUUAUAUUUUAAAAAAUAAUAUUAGAGUAUUUCAUAUAGAUUUUAAAAGCCUCGCUGGUUUGGGCUGUGUCUCAUUACUUACCCUAGUUGGGAUAUAAUAUCUUACCAAUAAUACUUAAGAGUAUUUUUUAUAAGGCGAUAUACUAACACUAACAAACAAUAAUCUUUAUAUAGAAGAGUCAGUAUAGAAGAAAAUAAGAAAUAUUACAAAAAAGGAUUUAUUCAAUAUUAUUUUUCAAAUCAAGAAAAACAGAUUUUAAUAAAAGUCCUCUAUGAACUGAAUCUUUGUCAAAACUUAGUCUUGUUAAAACAAAUAUUUUACUUUACCAGUGAUUUUACUAAUAAAAAAUAAAUAAUAUAUUUUGUUUAAUUAUGUACAUGACAUGAUAAAUCUAAUUUAUUGCCUGUCCUUUCGCCGUCUAGGAGUUUGGGAUACGAUAUUUUUGUAU